UUUAGACUUCAGAGAGCAAUUACAUUCUGUUAAAUAGCUUUACACACAUUUUGCGCCAUCAUGAAGAUUGCUGUGAUUUUCCUUCUUUUGGGCAUCUCCAGCUUUAUUGAAACAAGUAAUGGUCUGCAAUCUAAACUGAAUCCGUUGCCAAAAGAUAAGGCUCAGAUCUAUGUCCGUUGCGUUGAGGCAGCUGUGGAAAAAGCUGAACAUUUGAAGAAAUGUCCUGAACCAGAAAGGAAAACAAGAGAAGUAUGCCUAGCAGAAGACCUAAUACAUACCUUGAAAUUGCUGGCCAUGGAUCUUGGUUGUACACUGAAUGAUGUCUUUGAACUACUGGAACUUCCACUUGAUGCUCUAAACUUGUUAAAGUUGGGGAAGAUUACAGAACUACUGAGUGUAAUACAGGUGGACAAAUUACUGAUCAGCCUUACUCGGGUAGUGGAAGCACUUUUGGCACAAAUUGGCAUUCUUCUGAAGGGAGAACUAAUAUCCCUAAUUGAAACUUUGGGGAGUACAGUAAAUAUUCUUGUGCUCACUUUGCAUAAUACUUUAGGAGCAAUUACUACCUCCCUUGUUGGUACUGUUCUGGGAGCCGUAACUGGACUUGUUGCAGUCCCACUCGGAUUAGUUGGUUCUGUAGUGGGAGGCCUGGGAGGAAUCCUAAACGUAGGUUAAGGUGAUAUAGGUGCUGUCCGUCAUUGGAUUGUGUGGACACACUGAUCUAUUGCUUGAAAUUAAUUACUCUACAUUUUUUUAAUAUCAUCACAAAUUCUGCUUUUACUUACUAAUCAAUUUACCAUAAAGAAAAUGAUUUGCUGAUUUCUUUCAUAUAUGUCUACUUUUCAAUAAAUUAUCUCUUAAGCAUCA